AUGCAGGAUACAAAGAACUUCGAUGAGAUCAUUAGUUAUAUCAAUAUGAGUAUUAAUGGAACCAAUGAACAAAUCGAGGAAUCUACAAAAUACAUGCUUGAACUGCAGAAAAAUCCCGAAAAUGUUUUCAUUCUCUUUCAAAUACUUCAGAAAACAGAAAAUCUACAGAUAAAAGAACAAACAGCCAUCUUUAUUAGACAAAUGAUAGCCAAAACAGAGUUAUACGGUGAAGAUGCAAGUCCUGUAUAUCCAGAGCAGCUCAAGCUUCUAUUUUUCGAAACAAUUCAAAUGCCCACACUUGGAAAAACACUCAGACAAGUACUUUUUGGUGCAAAUGACGUUCUUCUUCAAGGACCAGAUGUAUGGAACGAAUAUAUCGAAUAUGUUUUACAAUUGAUAGGCUCAGACGAUACAAUUUUACUCGGAUUUGAAAUUUUCUCAGAAAUUACAACAUUUAUCGCUGAAGAAAUUAAUAAUGAACAAUUUCCAAAUUUAAUCCCUCGAAUUGAGCCAUGCCUUGAAUCAAACGAUUCCAAAUACAGAAUAGCUGCUAUGCAUCUCUUAGAUUCAUACGCAGAAAACGUAGAUCCCGAAUUAUUUGAUUCAAAACCAGAUUUCGCAGAAAAAUUAGUAAUUGCUGCCAAGAAAUCAGUUACAGCAUACGAGAAUGAAGCAGAAGCUAUGACAAUAUUCACUUUACUUCAGCAUUUAAUAGAAAUUCAAAUUCCGCUCUUCCAAACCUUACAAUCACAGAUUUGUGUCUCCACACUCGAAAUAGCCGCUGAAAAGGAAAUUUCCCCGGAGCUCCGCGCCUGUACAAAUCCAAUUCUCAUCAUUGCUCCAAAAUUUUUCACAGAAGAAGACGUAGAAACACUAGUUCCGCUUACAUUGCACACGUCUCUUGACCUAUGUGUCGAAUUGGUCCAGAGCGGAUGCGAUGUCAGCUUUCUAGAGUCAAUUUUUGAUUCAAUAAUCUCAUUAGGCUACGAAACAGAGGAAGUAAUCAAUACUUUGAUCGCCAGUUGCCAGACCGCGAUCAAAGAUAGCGAUAUCAACCAGUUGUAUGUAUUAAUUACCGCUCUUACCGGUUGUAUUGCGAAUGGCCAAGAAGAUUUAGCGGCACACGCACAGGAAAUCUUCGAAAUAAUCACUACAUGUAUCGACGAUGGUGAUUUGUUCGACCUUUGCUGCGUAUUUAUAAGCGAAGCUGCUACAGAAAGUCCAGAUAUCGUUGCUGAGUUCUUUGAAGACUACGUAGACGCAAUUUCCCAGUUGGUUCCUGCUGGCCGUUCUGUAGAAACCCUCGAUAGACUGCUUUAUGGCUCGCCAAUUGUUUAUUCAGAUCUUGAAAACUUAUUAUCGUUCAUUAUCAACUUAUUUGUACCAGAAAACGCAGAAAUAUUCUCAAGUAUCAUGUCCUGCUUCACAUCUGCUAUCUCAAAGGUCAAAUCUAACCCAGAUCUCUACGAUUCUUUAAUGCCAGUCCUCGACCAGUAUUUGCAAGUUGAAGAUGAAGAAUUGAGAGGCAAAAUAUUCGAGUGCUUCUCUUAUCUCGUCCGUAUUGCCCCUGCAAAGGCUGCUCAGCAGGCCGAACAAUUGUUGGCGGUUUUGACAAAAUCUUUCUCAGACUCAAAUUAUGUUUUGAACGAAUAUAUUGCUAUUUGCAUUGACUCAUUAGCAAAGAAUAUUCCUGAUAGCUUACAAUCCCAUGUUUCUUCUUUAACAGAGAGUUUUGAACGAAUUUUGGAAGUUCCACUGCCAAAAUCCAUCGAAGCCGAAGCACGUAAGCAGAAAAUUAAAGAUGAAGAGCUCGAGGAAGAAGCCAAUGAUGAAGAAAACCAAGAAGACGAAGAUGACGAAGAUGACGAAAAUGAUGAGGAAGAUCCAAGAGUUAGGAUGGCUUCUAAGGUUCUCACAGCAUAUGCAAGUAUCAUGAAUGAGUUCUAUAACGAUCUUAGUGAUACUGUACCGAAAUUUAUUGAUAUUUUGAUCAAAUUCAUCGACGGACCUGCAAAAAUCCAGUCUUCUGCCUUCAAAGCCUUGUUCUACUGCACAGAUUUGCUCACAAAUGUUGAAGGUCUCGAUCCACAAAAGUUUUUCGAAUCAACAUUCGAGAAAAUCAAGGAUUGUGGUGAUUUCAACAUAAUUUCCGAGGCAUUCUGGGCAUUGGGAGGCUUAUUCAUUAGUUUUGGCCAGAAAAUGACCGAAGAAAACCUCAAUCAAUCAAUUGAAGUAUUUUCAGGGGUUUUAUCCGGCCAAAUUAACCCUAAAAUUGAAGCGUCACUUUUCUUCGCUUUACGUCAAUUAAUUUUCUCAAUUGGCAAAGAGAGAUUAGGAAUAAUACAUCAGCCAUUGUUUGACAUCUUGACCAAGCGUCUCACCAAGAAGAAGCAGUUGAUCCAUUACUUCAUAAUUCAUACAUUAUCUGCAUUAGUUUUCGCCUUCCCAGAAUUACCACUCGAAUGCUCAGAAUCAAUUGCGGCAAAUGCAAUAUCAAUGCUCAAUACCUCCAAGCAAUCGCUAACAAAGAAUAUUGCUUUGAGCGCUUUGAAUAUGUUAAUUUCCGCAAACGUACAGAAGCUUUUCAACAAGUCAGACAUUACAGAUAUAAGGAACAAGGCCGUUACUAUCCUUAACAAGGAGAAUGACGAUGAUAUGCUGCAGACAACAGCAAGUACAAUUUUAUGUACCAUAACAAGGGUCCAAAACGGGUCUUUGAACAACAAGAACAUGGAGCAGAUCAUUAAUAGAAUGCCCCCGGUCGAUGAUGAUGAUAUUCCGUUCGCUGCUCACUUCAUUUUUUACUUAUUCCAGUCACAAGGCGAAGAAUUCGUUCUCAACAACUUUACUUCAACUGCUGUUAACAUCUUCGCCAGUGGUUCUUGGCUUACGAACUUGAUUGACGCAGAAACGAUGUCAUUUAUCGCAAAUAUCGUUUCUAGACUGUCUGAAGAGCAGAUCGCUGAGAUAUUAGAUGGAAAUCAGCACUCUUUUAGACAGGUUCUUAAGAAUUUAGCUUCUUAUGCCCAGAAGAAUUAG